CAUACAUAUCCUUGUGGGGAAUAUUUAGGAAGUGUUACGUAAUCGGAGUAUUUGAUGUCAGCAUUUUAUAAUUUCAAGCCUUUCAGUACCUAAGCCAGCGGGCGCAUCGCGAGAAUUACCUCCUUAGGUACCUAAACUACACUAUUUCGCGAAAACGCAAUAGGUUAACCUCGAUGACAAUCUUUGCUCUACACUCUCGUUACAUGUACCUAGUCACAAUAUAUUCUCUAGCCGAGCCCGCCGACCAAACGACCAAACAGCCAAACGAUCAAACAAUCAAACAACACCUCAGCCGAACGUCUCACCCGUAGCCCUCCCACUAGCAAACGCUUCCCGACACAGCGCAAUGUUCUGUCUCCGAAGUUGGCUCCCUCUCCUCUUCAUCCCAACAAAUGCCUCUCCUGCCUUCAUCUUCCUUUUCUUCGUCUGCACGUACUUUUUAAACCGACCCUGCGUUUACUGUUCCGUCCUUCUCCUUAUACUCUUCGUGACCUCGUGUUAUUGGUCAGAUCGGUGUUUCUUCGAUUUCAGCAGCAAUUGGUUCGCCCCGCGACUCUCAACAUCAUCAUGUCCGGUCAACGGGACCACGAUAUCCGAACCUAUGGUUGACAGUUUUAACGCCACCGCUGUUGAAAUGCUGAAUUCUACAGCCAGUGCACUUGCAAGUGCUGCAGCCGACGAGUUAGCCAAGAAGAAAGAAGAAUGGACAGGACUCGGCAUAGAAUGGCUCCGGAGCCUUCUAGGACGCCGGGAGUGGAGGAUCGAAUGCAUGGACCUAUACAUUCGGCUAUAAUCGUAUGUUACACGUCAAGUAUGAUAUGAUAUAUGAUAUCAGCUAUGGCCUUGAACAUCCCAAGCCCUGGGGUUGUACAAACACAAUGAGUAUAGAUAUGAAUGUAUAAAUGCAUGGCACUGGCUCGUAUGGUCACAUCGCAUCACAUCACAUCAGCAUCUAGAUGAGGGCAGUACGCAUUUCGAAGAGCCGAAGAGAUACCAUAGAUGUGGCAUAGAAUAAUAGGCAUCGAGCCACGCGAGAAUCCUUGACAGAAGUAUACGCAAAUAUUAAUACAAAGAAAACACUCUCAAAACAAGGGAUAUAUU